AUGCCUGCAGACCGUCUGAGGGUAGCCUUCCUGGGCCCGCCGGCGUCGUUCUCGCACCAGGCUGCGGCAGAGUCCUUUGACAAGACGGACGCCGAGUUGAUUCCGCACGUCUCCUUCGCAGAUGCCUUCACCGCCGUACAGCAGCAGGCCGCCGACUAUGCGGUGAUCCCGUUCGAGAACUCGACCAAUGGCUCCGUGGUCCAGACGCUGGAUCUCUUAGCGGACCGCAAUGCCCUCUACAAGGAUGUCAAGGUGUGCGGCGAAUACUAUUUGACCGUGCACCACUGCCUACUGGUCCGCAAGGGCACGUAUCCGGCCGGAUGGGCGGGCUACGACGGCUCCAUCACCAAGCUAUAUACACACCCACAGGCCUGGGGCCAAUGUGAGAACCUACUGUCGCAGCACUUCAAGGGCAUCGAAAGACAGGACGUCUCAUCCACGUCCAAAGCGGCGGAGAUUGUCGCCAAAGAGACCGGCGAGCGCGGCGCAGCCAUCGCCAGCAAAUUCGCCGCCGAGUAUCACGGCGUCGAUGUGCUGAAGGAGAAUAUCGAGGAUCGCGCCGAUAAUACGACCCGCUUCCUGAUUUUGAGGAACGUUCUUGCAGAGCGCUCAGCGCUGCUUGAAUUCGAAAAACCAAAUGCGCCUGCCGCCGUGAUCACGCUCAAGACUUUGGUCUCCUUCGCUAUCGACCAUUCCUUGCCAGGCGCCCUGGCGAAUGCGCUGCUGAUCUUCAAGAACCACUGCUUGAACCUUACGAGUAUCAAUACAAGGCCCAGCUUGAAGCGCGCUUGGCAAUAUAUCUUCUUCGUAGAGUGCGGGCGAACUCCCUCAGACGGGAAUGAGGAGGCUGUGCUCAAGGCUCUCGACGACCUGCGGCAUGCGACUGAGUUCUGCAGGGAUUGGGGCACUUGGAAGGAUCAGCUCGGCGGGAGCAUUGCCUAG